AUGCAGGGUUUUGAUAUUGAUUUCAGUCCCUUCCGGUGCGUUUUCAACUACCAUCCUGCGAUUCUCCAUUCAUAUGAAUUCAGUGACGAUGAGACAGAAACAUGUGAGGAUUUGCUCAAGAGACUUGCUCAGGGAUCCCUUGAUGAACACAAUGACAAAAAUGGCACAAGAUUUGAGUUUGUCAAAAUCGUUAAAGCCAAUUAUCACUUUGCUGCUGCGAUUAUGUAUCUCAUAACAUUUCAAGUUAAGGAUCCUUAUGAUGACAAGAUUAAACUCUUCCAAGCAAGGGUACUUCACGCUGACGGUAUCAGGACUGAGUAUGUCUUCUGCAGGCCUAAACCCAAUCAAGAAGGUAUACAACUUUCCUCUUAA